AUGCAGCCAACGCCAGCACCGUCGUCAGCACCUGGUUCCCCUCAACGAACCCAAGCUGAACCGGAAAUGGAAACACCCUCAUAUCCACAACCUCCACAGAACGUAGGGACUGCACCAUUUAGCGUCCUGGUCAAACUCUUUGAGAAACUUGCCACGGAACGGAAACAAGAAAGACGAAGAAAACUUCUGGAUGCAUGGUUUAGACACUGGCGAAGGGAGAAGGGCUUUGACCUUUACCCAGUUCUUCGGCUGUUACUACCACAAAAAGACAGAGACCGCGCUGUGUAUGGGUUGAAGGAGAAGAACUUGGCGAAGACCUACAUCAAACUCAUCCCUCUUGGAAUGCGCGACCCAGAUGCGAUCCGCCUCCUGAACUGGAAAAAGCCAACUGAACGCGACGUACUGUGCGAGGUCGUCUCCAAGCGGUCGUCUGUGAUCGAAGGGACUUUGACUAUCGACGAACUUAAUGAGAUCUUGGACGAUAUAGCUAAGAACAUGGGCAAAUCGGAUGUGCAGUCGAAGAUUCUGAGGAGGAUAUACAACAAUUCGACGGCGGAUGAGCAACGGUGGAUCAUCCGUAUUAUUCUGAAGGAUAUGAACAUCUCCGUCAAGGAGACCACAGUGUUUGCAGUCUUCCAUCCCGAUGCACAAGAUCUUUACAACACCUGCUCGGACCUGAAGAAAGUCGCAUGGGAACUUUGGGAUCCUUCGCGCCGGCUUAAUGCGAAGGACAAAGAAAUCCAAAUCUUUCAUGCAUUCGCUCCUAUGUUGUGCAAACGGCCGACUAGAAAGAUAGAAGAGACAGUCAAAGCGAUGGGUGGAUCCAAAUUUAUCAUUGAGGAGAAGCUCGAUGGUGAACGAAUGCAGCUCCAUAAGCGAGGCAAUGAAUACUUCUACUGCUCACGGAAAGGCAAAGACUAUACUUAUCUUUAUGGAAAGCACAUCGGUGCUGGAAGUUUAACACCUUUUAUCGACUCUGCUUUCGACUCAAGAAUUGAUGAUAUCAUCCUUGAUGGAGAGAUGCUUGUCUGGGACCCCGUCUCUGAAAGAAACCUUCCAUUCGGAACAUUGAAGACCGCCGCACUUGGUAGGUCCAAGAAAGAGAACAACCCCCGACCCUGCUUCAAAGUAUUCGACUUGCUAUAUCUGAACGGAAUGUCCCUUCUCGACAAGACGGUGAAAUUUCGUAAGAACAACCUGCGACACUGCAUCAAACCAAUCCCUGGCCGGAUUGAAUUUGUUGAGGAGUACCAAGGCGAAACCGCAAAUGACAUCCGGAAGCGAAUGGAGCAAGUCAUGGAGAAUAGAGGAGAAGGCCUCGUCAUCAAGCAUCCCAAGGCAAAAUAUAUCUUGAAUGGGAGAAACACCGAUUGGAUCAAGGUCAAGCCGGAGUAUAUGGAUAAUAUGGGUGAAACGGUAGAUGUACUCGUCGUUGCCGGAAACUACGGCAGUGGGAAGAGGGGUGGUGGCGUGUCAACUUUGAUUUGUGCCGUCAUGGACGACCGUCGUCCAGACUCGGACGAUGAGCCCAACAGUUUUGUACGUAUCGGCACGGGACUGUCGUUUGCCGACUACGUCUGGGUGAGGAGCAAACCGUGGAAGGUCUGGGACCCUAAGAAUCCUCCCGAGUUUUUGCAGACUGCGAAGAAAGGUCAGGAGGACAAGGGUGACGUUUAUCUGGAACCAGAAGAGUCCGUAGGCUUAAUUUAUCGGAUACACUCUGAUGCUAAUGGUGGUUCUCUUUACUGUGUACGCAGUUCCUUCAUUCUGAAAGUCAAGGCAGCGGAAAUUACCCCUUCAGACCAAUACCACAUGGGAUUUACUAUGAGGUUCCCCCGUGCAUUGGCUAUCCGGGAUGAUUUAUCUAUCGCGGAUUGCAUGACAGCGACCGGCAAGUAUCCCGUAUUGGCAGGGAUCAGGAUAACUACAAAGAAACGGAAGACAACAGUAAAGAAGGUCGCACUGUUGCCCGAAUACUCUGGGCCCAACCUGAAGAAAGUCGCUGUCAAAACUGAUAUAUUCAACGGCAUGAAGUUUGUCGUCUUCUCAGAUCCCAAGUCACGAACAGGAGAAGCAGACAAGAAGGAGCUCAUGAAAACGAUUCAUGCAAAUGGUGGAACCUGCUCUCAGAUAGUCAAUAAGAAUUCCGAGGCGAUUGUCAUUUAUGGAGGCUCAAUAACUCCAUAUGACCUGAAGUUGGUGAUUGAUAAAGGGAUCCACGAUGUUAUCAAGCCAUCGUGGAUCACAGAUUCUGUGACCCUAGGAGAGCCAGCACCCUUCAAAAAGAAGUACUUCUUCCACGCCACCGAAGAACGGAAAUAUGCAGAUGAAUAUAAUGAAGAUGACGGCGAGGAAGAGGGGGCGGUACCCAGUGCAGACGAGCAAGAAAGGGACGUUAAAUCUGGGACUGUCGAGCCCGGGUCUGAGACGGAAGACGAAGACGAAGAGCAGGCUCCGGAAAUCAAGGAGGAACAGGAUGGGGAACUGCACGAAUGGUUAAAGGUUGAUGACCGGAAAUCACCAGCGUUGCCCGCUCAUGACGAAGAAGAUUCUGUAACGGAGGACGAUUCCGACAAUGCUGACGUCGCUGACGAGGAAGAACCUGACUUGGACGAUUGGUUCCAAGUGAAGGGGGAAACAGAAGAUGAGGGAGCUGGAGCUCUAGCAACAGCAUCAAGGCACAGAGAGACAACGCCUGACGUCGACGGAGAUGUUAAGAUGGGGGAGAGUGAAGAGGCUAUGGAUUACGAUCCGGAUGUCAUCUUCAAACACUUCUUUGAAGAAGUCGAAAAACUCAUUAAAGAUAACGGGGGCAAGAUUGUUGAUUUGGACGAGCCAAAGCUAACACACGUUGUGCUUGAUAAACGAGAUGAUAGUCGCCGGGUUGAGCUCAUGAAACGCACAUCAAAGUGA